AUGGCUUCGUCCGGGCUCCAUGACGAAGAGGGCGGCGAGGAUGACGAGUACGAGGCCCAGGCCGACUUUCAGCCGAUUGUCCCGCUGCCGGACUUGAUAGAGACCGGCGAAGAGGGGGAGGAGGUCGUGUUCAAGGAGCGCUGCAAGCUGUAUCGCUACGACAAGGAGGCCCGUGAGGCAAAGAAGCGAGGUGUUGGCGAUAUCAAGAUUCUCCGCAACUCAAAUGGCCUCUACCGCUGCGUGAUGAGGCGCGAGCAGGUCCACAAGCUGUGCACCAACUUCUUGAUCCGUGCUGGGAUGACGAUCACCGAAAAGGACAACUCGGAGAAGGUUGCCCUCCUCAACUGUCGGGACUUCUCGGAGGAGGCGGGCGGUCGUGAGGAGACGCUCUUCAUCAAGUUCAAGUCGAGCGUCGAGCGCGACGCCUUCAUCGCGACGUACCGAGAGGGCAUCGCCUCCGACUCA